AUGGCAAUCGCAACAAGAAGAUUCUUGAUUGUUGCUUCUCGCGUCGACGCAAGUCUUCCGCCGCGCGAUGGAGGCUUAGCCGGCGGCGGCGGAGCCAAAUGGAUACUCCCCUCUCCUUCUCAGAGUUUCAAUUCCGCUCACACAUUAUCAAGGUUUCAACUACAAAUGACGAAAUUUCAAAGUCAAAAGAAGAAUACAUGCGGCGACACGGAGCGAAUAGUGAUUUCAGUGCCUAAGGGAACCAGCUGGAAGUAA